UUUCUGCCAAAAUUAAAAAUAAUUGAGGGAGGAGCCAGAUUUGCUGUUCUGGGAUAGUGUUUUCUUCACAGGUUUGGGGAUAAAAAUGAGCUCUUUGGGGAUACGGAGUUAAGCUGGGGAUCAAACGGAGCCAAAGGCAGAACAUCAUGGAUGGCAGCUUGGGAAAAGCAGAUGUGCUGAGAUGGUUCUGGAUUGUUAUGUUCUGGGGUCUCCUCCAUGCCCCCAGCAUCACCUCUGAGGUGUCACCACCUCACCUGGGUGACGAGUUCCUGGUGGCCUUUCUGCAGAAUGGUGACCAGCGCACUCUUCGCAGCGACUUCCGCCUCCUCCUCCUCACUGGUCCCUCCCCAUCCACUACUGCCACCAUCUCCAUGAAGAGACCUGGAUUAAGGAUGACAGUGCAGGCAGCUGCCAACCAACCAGUCCUGGUGAAGAUCCCACCCCAAGCUGAGAUGGUGGGAAGCCAAAUUUUUGAAAACACUGUGGUGGUGAAGACCACUGCCGCCGUCACCGCAGUGAUGGUCAACGAGAAACCCACAGCAGCUGACUCUGCUGUCAUUAUUCCAGUCCACAGGUGGGGGAAGGAAUACCAUGUAGUCACCCCCAAUCCUGGCCCCACCCACAAUGCCCAAUUUGUGGUGGCUGCUUGGGAUCAACCCACCACAGUCAACAUUCACCUCAAUGCUGAUGUCACCUUCCGCGGACGGCUGUACCGACGUGGUUCCACCCUUACCAUCCCACUGGAGCCGUUCCAAGCAGCACAGAUCCAGAGCAUGGCUGAUCUUUCUGGAACACAAGUGGUGGCACAGAGACCGGUGGCCGUCUUCAGCGGUCACACCUGUGUGGGCAGGUUGAGCCGCUGCGAUCAUGUGGUGGAACAGCUCCACCCUAUUGCCCAGUGGGGAAAAUCCUUCCUUGUGCCACCAGUGCCCUUCCAGGGACAAUCCAACCUCAUCUACAUCACCGCUGCCCAACCAACGCGUGUCACGGGUCAUGGUGAAGUCACUAAGACCACGCGAGAGAUACAACCCAAUCACUCACUGCUCUAUGGCACCCAAUCCCUACAGGGCUUGUUCCUCACUUCUGAAGCUGGUGUCCAGGUUUUUCUAUUGGGCAGUGGUGAGAACAGCGGUGCAGUGACCUUUGAGCCAUUUUUUGUCAGCAUCUCGGACAUAACUGAUUACUGCAACUCCUACAAUGUUGUUGCGCUCGAGGGAUAUGACAACCGCAUCCUGCUGGUGGCCAAGACGGCAGAAACUUCUGGAAUACUGCUGAACCAGAGGCCAUUAGGGAGUGUAGUGUGGGAGCCAAUCCCUGGGACAGAAUAUUCAUGGGUUGGGAUAAAUUUGGGAAACAGAUUUGGAAUUCACAAUGUGGAGCAUGAGACUGCAGCAUUUGGGGUGUGGAACGUCGGGAUGGGACAGGGGAAGCGCUAUGGAGCAGAAGGAGCUUGCAACAGUGACCCCUGCCGGCAGCUGCAGUGCCGUCCUAAGGAGAGCUGUCACCUGGACAAGGGCAUGCCCACCUGCCGCCACGACUACCUGGGCACCUGCACAGGCUCCCCAUCCCUGCAGUACCACACCUUUGAUGGGGCCUCCGUGUCCUUCCGUGGCGGCUGCAGGUACACCCUGGCCAGGUACUGUGGGGCUGAUCCCACCCUGGAGCCCUUCACGGUGGAAGAGCAGCGGAGCAGCUCUGAGAAGCCAUUGGCCAAUGUCUACGUCUACACCUACAAUAUCUCCAUCCGUGCCGGUGAGGACAAGACCAUCCAGGUUAACAACAGACCCACCAACUUUCCAGCCACCCUAGAAGAGGGAAAAGUCCAGAUUUUCCAAAAUGAGGGUCGGACUAUCCUCCAGACGGAUUUUGGGCUGCAGGUGACCUAUGAUGAAGACCAGGUUAUCAUGGUGGCAGUUCCCAGCAGCUAUUUUGGGGCCAGCUGUGGCCUCUGUGGCAACUUCAAUGAGGAUACAGAUGAUGAAGCCAUGGUUCCCAAUGGUAUUCCUGGUGAAGGUGGUGAGGACUGGGCAGAAAGCUGGAAAGAUCCCUCAUGCCAGGAAGAUUGUGGAGACCAGGAGAUUGCACAGGGCACAGAGGGGUGUGGCAUCAAGGCGACCAACAAUCCCAGAACCACCGCCUCUGCUUGUUUCCACAACAAUAGCUCCUAUAAGCUUAAUGAGGAAUUUUGGGAAGAUGGGAGCUGCCGGAAGCGGUGCCGGUGUGAGGGUUCAGGGGCAGUGACUUGUAAGCCAGGUGGAUGUAGAUCCCACGAGAAGUGUGUCAUGGUUAAUGGCAUCGCCAAGUGUACACCCAACAAGCACUACACCUGCAUCGGGACUGGUGACCCGCACUACACCACCUUUGAUGGAGUGAGGUUUGAUUUCCAAGGUUCCUGCAUCUACCAGUUUGCUGCCCUCUGUACCCCUAAGCCCACUCUAGUCCCCUUCAAUGUCACCGUGGAAAACAACCACCGUGGCAGCCGUGCUGUGUCCUUCACCAAGACUGUCAACCUGGAGGUUUAUGGGAGUGUCAUCAGCAUGAGCCAGGAGCACCCACGCAAGGUCAAGGUGGACGGUGCCUUUGUGUCGCUUCCCUUCACCCACCCCCACUUUUCCGUGUUCUACCGUGGUGUCCACGGCUUUGUCACCACUGACUUCGGUGUCACUGUCACCUUUGACUGGUACAGCUAUGCCCGUGUCAUCCUCCCCACCACCUACUCUGGUGCCGUCUGUGGCCUCUGUGGCAAUGCCAAUGGUGACCCUGAUGAUGACUUUGUCACCCCCGGUGGUCAUCGAGCCUCCGAUGAGACCCAGCUGGGUGACAGCUGGAAAGUGGGGGAUGUUCCGGGGUGCUCAGCUAGUUGUGGCUCAGAGUGCCCAGUAUGUGAUGCGGUGAAGGUGCAGCCGUACCGUGGAGACAGCUACUGUGGGGUGAUCGCCCGAGCAGGGGGACCCUUCAAAGAGUGUCACCAUGUCAUCAACCCGGAGCCAUUCCUGCAGGACUGUGCUUUUGAUGCCUGUCACUACAAGGGACACCGUGACACAGUGUGUCAGGGUGUCUCUGCCUAUGUCACCGCGUGCCAGAGUCACGGGGUGGUUGUGGAGAUGUGGAGGAUGGCGGAGUUCUGCGCUCUUUCCUGCCCCCCUCACUCGCACUAUGAGCUCUGUGGGAGCCCCUGUCAGCCUACCUGCCACACCCCCUCCGUCCCCAACUCCUGUCCCGUAACUCCUUGCUCCGAGGGCUGUUUCUGCGACACCGGUUAUGUCCUCAGCGGCUCUGACUGUGUCCCCCACUCUGAGUGUGGCUGUGAGUACCUUGGUCACUACUACCAGAAGGACACUGAGUUUUACCCCUCAUGCCGGGAACGCUGUCGCUGCAGCACCAAUGGCACAGUGACCUGCCAGGAGGCAUUCUGUGGUGCCCACGAGGAGUGCCGGGUGGAAGAUGGAGUGUUGGGAUGUCACCCCACGGGUUACGGCCGGUUGGUUGUGUCAGGAGACCCCCACUAUGUCACCUUUGACGGACGCACCUUCAAUAUCCCGGGAUCCUGCACCUACAUGCUGGCACGGGUGUGCGAGCCUGCACAGCGGUUGGUCAACUUCACAGUGUUGGUGGAGCAUGAGGCAGGCAGUCACGGUGACCCGGUGCUGAUGAAGAGAGUGGUGGUAUCCAUCCAUGGGUACACCGUCACCAUGGAGCGGGGACGGAGAUGGGAAGUGUUGGUCGACUCAGAGCGCUACACCCUCCCACUGGUGACAGAGGACAAGAACCUCCGCAUUGGCCAAGAGGGGAGCAACAUCGUCCUCCACACUGCUGCGGGAGUCCGCAUCCUCUACAACACAGCCACCUUCCUCCUCAUCACUGUCCCUGAUGUCUACCGCGGCCGGCUGUGUGGCUUGGGGGGUGACUAUGACGGUGAUCCCAGUAAUGACUUCCGGCUGCCCAGUGGGGCACUGGCGGGAACCACUCAGGAAUUUGUCACAUCCUGGAAGGUUCUGGAGAAAGACAGAGGGUGCAGUGAUGGCUGCAAUGACGGUGUGUGCAGCAGGUGUGAUGUCGCCAGUGAGGUAAUGUACGGCAGGAAUGGAUCCUGCGGGAUCAUCCGUGAUGCAGAAGGGCCAUUCCGGGGGUGCCACGCACGCAUCAGUCCUGUGGAGUAUUUCACCCACUGUGUCCAUGACGUCUGUGCUGCCCAUGGGGACCGUGCCGCCUUGUGCCACGCACUGCAGGCAUAUGCCACCGCUUGCCAAGCCGCUGGCGCUACCAUCAGAUCAUGGAGGACAAAGGAGUUCUGCCCCCUGUCGUGUCCCCCAAACAGUCACUAUGAGCUCUGCACCCGCACCUGUGACCUCACCUGUGCUGCCCUCGUGGGCCCUGCUCUCUGCACCUGGGAGUGCUUUGAGGGGUGUCAGUGUGAUGAGGGGUUUGUCUUCGAUGGAGACACCUGUGUGUCACCUGAGCGCUGUGGCUGCCUCCACAGGGGACGCUACCUCAAGGCAGGUGAGACUGUCACUUUCAACAACUGCUCCAAGGAAUGUCACUGUCACCCAUCACGGGGACUGGUGUGCCGGGACACACAAUGUCCCCAGGACCAGGUGUGCAUCACCCGUGACGGGGCACAGGUGUGUGCCAGGAGGGAAGGCCACUGCCGUGUCACGCCUGGAGCCACCUUGACCACCUUUGAUGGUGUCACUGGGCCCCUGUUGGCCAGUGGCACGUACAAGGUAUCCGCCCUUUGUGAUGAAGAGGCACCAGAUUGGUUCAAGGUGGUGAUGGAGGUCAGUGACUGUCGUGACAUCAAUGUCCCCGCAGCCACCGCUGCCAUCGUCUUUGUCCGUGAGGGUGUUGUCAGCAUCAAUGGCAACAUGGAGGUGUGGGUCAAUGGCCUCUUCACCCGGCCCCCCACCACCAUCCCUGACUCCAUCUUUGUGGCAUCGUCCCCUGAGAAUGUCACCAUCACCCACAGCUCUGGGAUGUCCCUCACCAUCACCCAGGAUGGGGAGGCGACCAUCACCGUGACCUCAGGCCUGGCCUCCCGUCUCUGUGCCCCCUGUGGGAAUUUCAAUGGAAACCCCAGAGAUGACUUGAAGCUUCCAGAUGGACGUAAUGCCCGAAGUGUUGGAGAAGUGGUGGACAUGUGGAAAUCCCGGGAUUUUGCUGGGUGUGACUGAGGAAGGAUCCUGUGGGAACGAUCCGGCCUCGUCUCCCACCAGACCCGUCAGGAAGUUGAUGCUCCUAUCUAUCCCAUUCCAUAGGUGGAUCACCUCAAAUCCCCCAGAUUUCGGAAAAUUCCAGAUUUUGCCUCAAAUCCAUGGAAUUUUCCUGGAUUUUUCUCAAAUAGAUUAACUCUGUGUGGAUCCUAAUGCCCUGAUGUUUCAUCCACUCUCUGGAACUCAGAAAUAUAUCAAAAUCAGGUUGAAAAGAUCCAAAUCCCAGUGUUUUUUCCCAUAUAAAAAUGACAUUGCCAAGGGCUGGUUUGAUACAACAGUCAAUAAAUGCUUCUAAAGGCUU